CAACACAUCUCCCUUUGAUAUAUGUAUUUAUAUAAUUAGGAAAAAAUACAGCUUUUUUUGUUUUAAUUUAUUAUUAUUGUUAUUAACCUCCCCAGCUAAUCUCAUGCCCCUCUAUAAUAAACACAGAGAGAUACAGAUAGGUAGAGAGAUCUGAGAUUUGUUGGUUGCUGAAUCAGAUGUUCAACACAUUAUCUGCAACUUAUUUGAGGUGAAAAACUCAAGUGGGGUAUAGUGAGAUUUGGCAAUGUGGGAUGUGAUUUAGAUAGGUGGUUUCCAAACCUGUGUGUGUGUGUGUGUGUGUGAAUUUGGGAACAGAGGCUCUGAAUUUGAUUAGAGGAAAGGGGGAAAGGGUGAGAUUUGAUGGAGGAUUGGUCAGUGUAUGCGAAUAGUCCUGCUCAUCUGGCUGUUGCGAGGGCUGAUUACGCUGCGCUCAAGAGGCUAAUCUCUGCUCUUCCUAGGCUUGCGAAAGCCGGGGAGGUUAAUACGGAGACUGAGAGUUUGGUGGCUGAGGCUGAGGCAGAUGCUGUUUCCGCUGUCAUUGAUCGCCGUGAUGUUCCUGGUAGAGAGACCCCGUUGCAUUUGGCAGUUCGCCUUCGGGAUCCUAUUUCUGCCGAGAUUUUGAUGGCGGCUGGGGCAGAUUGGAGUCUGCAGAAUGAGAAUGGAUGGAGUGCUUUACAAGAAGCCGUUUGUAACCGAGAGGAGAAUAUUGCGAUGAUCAUUGCUCGCCAUUAUCAGCCUUUUGCGUGGGCUAAAUGGUGCCGGCGUCUGCCUCGAAUUGUUGCCUCAGCUGCUCGAAUUCGAGACUUUUAUAUGGAGAUUACGUUUCAUUUUGAAAGUUCAGUGAUUCCGUUUAUUGGUAGAAUUGCUCCAUCCGACACCUACCGCAUAUGGAAGCGUGGUUCAAACCUCCGUGCUGAUAUGACCCUUGCUGGUUUUGAUGGCUUCCGUAUUCAGAGGUCUGAUCAAACUUUUCUUUUUCUCGGGAAUGGAUAUUCGUCAGAUGAUAAUAAUGUUUCACUACCUCCUGGUUCUUUAAUUGUCCUAUCUCACAAGGAGAAGGAAAUUACAAAUGCUUUAGAGGGAGCUGGUGCCCAGCCAUCAGAAGCAGAAGUUGCUCAUGAAGUAGCCUUGAUGUCUCAAACUAACAUGUAUAGGCCUGGAAUUGACGUUACUCAGGCUGAGCUUGUUCCCCAUCUGAAUUGGCGGAGACAGGAGAGGACCGAGAUGGUAGGAAACUGGAAGGGAAAAGUCUAUGAUAUGCUUCACGUGAUGGUGAGCGUGAAAUCAAGGCGAGUACCUGGUGCUAUGACAGAUGAGGAGCUUUUUGCAGUGAAUGAGGAUGAAAGGUUAGUAAAUGGAGCUGAUCAGGAUGAGUAUGACGAUGUUUUAACAGCUGAAGAAAGAAUGCAGUUAGAUUCUGCACUUCGCAUGGGUAAUGCUGAAGGCCCCUGUGAUGAUGAAGAGUCGGAUGUUCAGGGUGGCCAUGAAAAUGGCUGCGGAACUUCAUUUGAAAGUUGUGAAUCAAAUGGUUCUAAGGAGAAAAAAAACUGGUUUGGGUGGAACAAGAAAGGUUCAAAAGCCGUCGGUGAUAACCAGGAUGACUCAAAGAGCUUAAAAAAGUAUUCCAAGUUGGCCCCUGAAGGUAGCAAUCAGAAGCUUACUGAGAGUCAAAGAUCUUCAUCUGACCUUCACAAGGAGGAUGCAGGGGACCAUAAGAAGAAUAAGGGUAACAAGAAAAAAAAGAAAAAAGGGGUAAAUGGCGAGCCUAAAAGUGAGAGUGAGUAUAAAAAAGGUUUAAGACCAGUCUUGUGGUUGACACCUGAUUUUCCCUUACAAACAGAGGAACUAAUACCGUUACUGGAUAUCUUAGCCAACAAAGUGAAAGCUGUUAGAAGACUAAGGGAGCUUUUAACUACAAAAUUACCACAUGGUACCUUUCCCGUCAAGAUUGCCAUCCCCAUUGUGCCCACCAUCCGAGUCUUGGUCACAUUUACAAAGUUUGAAGAGCUUCAACCAGUUGAGGAAUUCUCAACUCCUCUCUCCAGCCCAACACACUUUCAAGAUGCCAAGUCGAAAGAAGCAGAAGGGUCGCAAUCAUGGAUAUCAUGGAUGAAGGGGAGCCGUUUACCAUCAAGUGACAGUGAGGGUCGCAGCUUCAAGGAUGAAGUUGACCCAUUUCACAUACCAUCAGAUUAUACAUGGGUCGAUGCCAAUGAGAAAAAGCGACGCAUGAAAGCCAAGAAGGCCAAGAACAAGAAAAACAGAAAACAAGUAGGUGCUAAAAAUCCAGAGAGUGUACGCCAUGUGGGAGAGAAUAUGGAAUAAUCAUACACAGUUUCUUUCUGGUAAGGUUUCUGUUUCAGAGUCUUUAGCCGCAAGAGAAGACAACACUUCCUGUAGAGGCUUUAUUUCUUCCUUAUUGGUGAUGGCAAGAAUUACAUGAAGUAUGUUGGGACGGCCUCUUAGGUUAUGCUGCUCUUGUUGUAUUUGUUAUAAUUCCCUUGGAAAUUUCGAGGAACUCUAUUUCCUUGCAUCAUUACAAGUUUACUGCUUCGCCAAUAUUGGAGACUGCGUGGUGUAUCUGUAUGUAUGAUUAUUUAAUUAUGUAUUUUCUGCUUCA